UUGUGCUGAGGAUAGCCUUCAGGCGAGAAAGGGUCUUCAGGGACCGGUUGGACCCACUGGCCUUCCCUGAUGACCAUCUAUAUGAAAGAUACAGGUUUUCUGCAGAUGGCAUCAGGUAUCUAUGCAGACUACUGGGUCCCAGGAUUAAGCACCGCACUGCACGGAGCCAUGCACUGAGUGUGGAGCAAAUGGUUUGUGUGGCCUUGCGCUUUUUUGCUAGUGGAGCCUUCCUGUACUCCGUGGGGGAUGCAGAACAGCUGAACAAGGCCACAAUUUGCCGCACAAUAAGGAGUGUGUGUCUGGCUAUCAAAGCAUUAGCAGAUGUCUUCAUCUCCUUCCCUGGCCACAGAAGACUCUGUGACAUCAAAGAGGAGUUCUAUAGGAUUGCAGGUUUCCCCAAUGUCAUUGGUGCAGUGGACUGCACACACAUAAGGAUAAAAGCCGCCUCAGGUGCCCAUGAGGCCGAUUUUGUGAAUAGGAAAUCCUUUCACAGCAUUAAUGUUCAGAUGGUCUGCAAUGCUGACUGUGUGAUCAGCAAUGUUGUGGCAAAAUGGCCUGGCUCAGUCCAUGACUCCAGAUUCUUUCGGGCCUCUGAAAUCUAUCAGUGCCUAUCACAAGGUGAAUUCUCUGGUGUGUUGCUGGGAGACAGGGGGUAUGGCUGCCAGCCUUUUCUCCUGACACCUUUCACAGACCCCCAGGAAGCACAGCAGGCCUACAACCAUGCCCAUGCCAGGACCAGGGCCAGAGUUGAAAUGACCUUUGGCCCCCUGAAGGCACGCUUUCACUGCCUUCACAAAUUAAGGGUCAGCCCUGUUAGGGCAUGUGAUAUUACUGUGGCUUGUGCUGUCCUCCACAAUGUGGCCUGCCUGAGGAAGGAGAGGGCCCCCAGAGUGCCACCAGCCAUGGACUGGGACAAUCCGGCAAUCUUCCCUGAUGACGACAGUGGUCGGCUGCUGAGGGACCAAUAUGUGUUGAAUUAUUUUAGUUAGUAUGUGUGCUUCCAAUUUUGGUUAAAUAUGUCCUGCGGUGGCAGAGGAAUUUGGGUUUUUUUGGGUUGGUUUUUUACGAAUUUGGCCUCUUAUGAUGUUUGUGCGGUAUACUGUGUGUAAUACAAGGCUGCAGGGAGGCUACUGCAUCCAUUCAUUUGUCUGUUCAGUUGAUGUGUAUGGAUUUGUCCUGCAUUUAUUUUAGUGUACAGACAUGCAGGGUGUGUUAUAUACAGACCUUUGAAUGUGUAUGUAUCAUUUUGUAUAAUAUGCUUUGAUUCUGUGCUUUUCAUCUUGUAGAGUCACUGUGACUUCAGUUUCGAAAGGAGCUGAUGGUUU